GCUUUAGGUCGUUUCCCAAGUAGAACUUCGACUGGCCCAUAACAACACAUACAACUUUGAUAUAUUUGGAGAAAAUGUCACAUUAUCUUUGAUGAUGUGACAAAAAUGUUGAUGGAUUAGUUGAUUUUCAUAAAGUGAAAAAAACUUUUAGGAAAUUAAAACGUAAACUUGAAGGAUGGCCACGGUACCUCAAUCACCCGUUAAUGGCCAUGAAGGCACAAAUGGAGUUCUAAAUGGUGGAUCACCGAGACAGAAUGGAUCCGUGAAUGGAGACACCCCCAGGAGUCGGGGGAAGCUGGGAUCAGAGGGGUACCCCCGCCUGCCCCCUAUCACCAAGCCCAGCCAGAGGGCUGAUGAUCCCUACGCCAACAGCAAACUUAUGACAUUCAGGCUGGCCAAUCAUAAACAAGCCAUGCUGAUGAAAAUCUUACAUGAUCAAGCAGCAAAAGAUAUAUUGGAAACAGAGGAAUUCUGUGAGAAACACGAAGACAAGCCCUCUAACCCAGACUACCCACAAGAGAUGAUGAGUAAGGACCGCAGAAUCAGGCUGAACUAUCAGUAUCUAAAGAAGUGUGUAGAGGCAGGGCCCGUAACUCCUGUCCAGCAGCACUGGAAUGACAACAUCCUUAAGAUGGUUCCCGAGCGGCUGCAGCAGAACCCCGCCCUCCAGGCGUCAAUCAUGGACCUGUUUGCCGAGGUCAAGCAGGACUACAAUGCCAGCAUGAAGAAAUCCAUGGUUCAACAUGUACUGAUCAAACCCGAAGUGAAAGGUCUGGACAAUGAAGUAGCAGGACCCCCACCAUCAGAACCAAAUGGACUGGACUAUUCUCGGCCAUGGCAUGAUAGUUACGUCGCCGCCCGACAGAGCAUCAGGGAGAACCUACACACUCUCCACCCCUCCAUGCAGACAGUACUCAGGAUGUGCCAGUCUACUCUGGGCAAUAUGAUCCUUGUGGACUGCUCAAACUUCAGGGCCAAUGGACCAGUAGAGUUUGAGUCGUUUAAGAACACCAUUAUUCUGGACAUGGAGAAAACAGAAGACAAGCUUAACAACAGCUGGUUCCCUGGGAUCAUCAAUGUGUUCGCAGACAAGAACUCAUUCGUCUCACCUAAAGCUGAGAAACUUGACUCAUUCUUUGAUUGUGUCACCACUCUGAUUUCCAAUCAGCUGAAAAAUCUUCUGGAGAGAACCAUUGACAGCUACGUCACACUCUUUGAUCCAAACGACAAGGCCAAGCUCCCGCUGAUGAAAAUGGAGCUGACCUUUGAUGACCAGAAGAUGCAGUUCUACCCCCCUAAAGAGGACCUGGAGGAGACUGUCCUGUUUGUUGUCAGCCACAUUUGUAAGGCCAUGCAGCAGGUGCCCACGGUGCAGUCGUGGCUUGCCGGUGGUAGCACAGUCAACCACACAGAUGCCACGGUGGCAGACCACGUGGUGAAAGCUGCAGUGGAGAAACUGAAGGAAGCUGUGAAAAGAGAAUUUGAAGGGCCGCAGCUACACUUAGAAUCUUUUGUCAAAAGAUAUGACUACAUUGUAAAUGGAGAAGCUCUCAAAGAAAUUCAGGAUUACAUUAAAUAUGACCACACAUUUGCUGAAUAUCAGAAACACAUUGACAGAUACAGGAAUCUGGCCAGCGAGAUCAUGGGUCUACCCAGCAUUGAGCACUUUGACAUGAUCCGCCUCGAUUGUGAGGAUCUGAAGCGAGGUCUGGCUGAGGCAGCUCGGGGAUUGGCCGAUGAACUCCUCAGGAAGGUGUCCGACGACCACCGCAGGGAAAACAAGAGCAUCUGUGAGGAAUUCACCCUGAUCAGGGACCGCGCCCUGAAGCCCCCAGAAACCAGUGAAGAACUGAUGGAGAUGGUCAAGUUCACUCAGGAGGCUCGCACCUCGGGAAUGGUCAAGUUAAACGAGAGGAUCAAGGAAUCGAAGGACCGGCUGGCCUACCUGAUCGACGUGUACAUGUUCCCCGCCGAGGACAUCGAACUGAACUGUGAGGUGUUAACCUGGCCCAACAGGAUCUCGCCAGUGUUUGAUGACAAUGAUGAGCUCAUUGAGAAAUCUAAACAUGCCGGAGAAAGACAACUCCUGGAGAAGAGAGAGAAGGUGAUCGCAGAACUGGAGAAACUGCGACAACGUGUGGAUGAAUUCAACGAUUACGGAGAGCUGGAUAUGAUGCAACAAUACGUACAGGACGUCCGCGCUGUACAGAAACGUCUGGCUGAUGUACAGGACCAGAUCAGCUUCAUCAACAAGGAAGAACAUUUGUACAAGUACCCAAUCUCCACAUACUCAGCAGAUGUGGAUGAAAUUACCAAUCAAGUGGAGCCCUUCUACAGGCUCUUCAACAUUGUACUCAAGUGGCAGAAAGCCGAGAAAAAGUGGAUGGAUGGAGCCUUCAUGGAUCUGGAUGCGGAACAGGUGGAAGCCGAGGUGGAUGAGUACACCAGAGACAUCUACAAAGUCCAGAAAGUCUUUAACUCCCGCCUCAAGAAGCUACAGCUGGAGGUGGAUGACCGUAACCGUGAGAGGAAGAAGCGGAGGCGGCACGCUGAGGAGAACGGACAGGAAGUGGCUCCCGAGGACCAGGAUGAGGUGCUGGUUCAACCUCAGGGUAUGGAGAUCUGUAAUAAGGUCCAGGACAGCAUGAGAGAAUUCAAGGACAAUGUACCAGUCAUCGGUGUCAUGUGCAACAAAGGUAUGCGUUCCCGCCAUUGGUCCAAAAUGUCCGAGCUCAUGGGCUUUGAUAUUACUCCCAACGCAGGCACCACGCUGCGUAAAGUGCUCAAACUGGAGAUCGCACCCCACAUGGAGAUGUUCGAGGGCAUUAGUGCUGCUGCCACAAAGGAACACUCCUUGGAGAAGGCAAUGGCAAAGAUGAUGGAAGAUUGGGACAGCAUCAACUUCAAUUUGAUUGCCUACAGAGACUCAGGAAUCAACAUCCUGUCUUCCGUGGAUGACAUCCAGACCACACUGGAUGAUCAGAUCGUCAAAACACAGACCAUGAGAGGCUCGCCUUUCAUCAAACCGUUCGAAGCAGAAAUCAAGGAUUGGGAGGAGCGGUUGCUGAGGAUCCAGGACACCAUUGAUGAGUGGCUGAAGGUGCAGUCCCAGUGGCUGUAUCUGGAGCCCAUCUUCUCCUCGGAGGACAUCAUGCAACAGAUGCCGGAGGAGGGCAGGCUGUUCCAGAUCGUGGACAAGAACUGGAAGGAUGUUAUGAGGCACACCACCAAGGAACCCAAGGUCUUACUGGCCACCAAUUUGCCAGGUUUACUGGAAAAACUCCAGGACAGCAAUAAUCUGCUGGACAAGAUCAUGAAGGGACUGAACGCUUACUUGGAGAAGAAACGUCUCUUCUUCCCACGAUUCUUUUUCCUCUCCAACGAUGAGAUGUUGGAAAUUCUGUCCGAGACGAAGGACCCACUACGAGUGCAGCCGCACUUGAAGAAGUGCUUUGAAGGCAUUGCCAAACUGGAGUUUGACAGUAAACUGGAUAUUCAUGCCAUGUUUAGCAGUGAAGGAGAGAAAAUUAAGAUGGUUGAGACAAUUUCUACGUCGGAGGCCCGAGGAGCUGUGGAGAAAUGGUUGCUACAAGUACAGGACAUCAUGUUGAUGUCGGUUAAAGAUGUUUGUGCUCAUUCCAUGGAGGCCUAUGCUAUUGAGCCCCGUAUUGAUUGGGUGCGGGAGUGGCCAGGACAGGUCGUACUGUGUGUGUCCCAAGUUUACUGGACUCAGGAAGUGCAUGAGGCAAUCCGCAGCGGUCCCGGGGGACUGAAGGAUUACUGGGAGAAACUCCAGCAACAGCUGGGUGACAUUGUCAUCCUGGUGCGUGGCAAGCUGUCCAAACAGACGAGAACCACACUGGGGGCCCUGGUGGUCAUUGACGUACACGCCAGAGAUGUGGUACUGCAGAUGGCUGAAAAAGGUGUUGCAUCCGAGAAUGACUUUGCCUGGUUAGCUCAGCUACGAUACUACUGGGAGGAAGAAAACAUGAGGGUCAGGAUGACCAAUGCUACUGUCAAGUACGCCUAUGAAUAUCUGGGAAACACGCCCCGAUUGGUCAUCACUCCGUUGACUGACAGGUGUUACAGAACUCUGAUUGGUGCAUUCCAUUUGAAUUUGAAUGGGGCCCCUGAAGGGCCAGCAGGAACAGGAAAGACAGAGACUACCAAGGAUUUAGCCAAGGCUUUGGCUGUACAGUGUGUCGUCUUCAACUGCUCAGAUGGUUUGGAUUAUCUGGCCAUGGGAAAAUUCUUCAAAGGUCUUGCAUCAGCUGGUGCCUGGGCCUGCUUUGAUGAGUUCAACAGAAUUGACCUGGAGGUGUUGUCUGUCAUUGCCCAACAGAUCUUGUGCAUUAUUCGAGCUGUGAGAGCCAAGGUAGACGUCUUCAUGUUUGAAGGGACAGAACUCUCGCUGAACCCCAACUGUUACGUCUGUAUUACAAUGAACCCUGGGUACGCCGGGCGCUCCGAGCUUCCAGACAAUCUAAAGGUCCUGUUCCGAACUGUGGCUAUGAUGGUACCGGACUACGCCAUGAUUGCCGAGAUCUCGCUGUAUUCCUUUGGUUUCCAGAACGCCAGAAACCUCUCAGUAAAGAUUGUGACUGUGUAUAGACUAUGUUCUGAGCAGCUGUCAUCACAGUUUCACUACGAUUAUGGAAUGAGGGCAGUAAAGGCUGUGUUGUCAGCCGCCGGAAAUCUGAAACUAAGAUUCCCUGAUGAGGAUGAAGAUAUUCUGUUGCUGAGGUCCAUUAUUGAUGUCAAUUUACCCAAGUUCUUGUCCCACGACAUCCCCCUGUUCAAUGGUAUCACCUCGGAUCUGUUCCCCGGAGUCAAGCUUCCGGAGGCCGACUACAAGGUGUUCCUGGAUGCCAUGAUCCGCGUGGCUGAGAAGAAGAAUCUCCAGUUUGUGGACUUCUUCAAGGAGAAACUGAUCCAGACCUACGAAAUGAUGAUUGUCAGACACGGCUUCAUGUUGGUAGGAGAGCCUUUUGGUUGUAAGACAAUGGUCAUUGAGACCCUGUGUGAAGGAAUGACCCUUCUGAAUGAAGAGGGUCACGAUGAAGACUAUGAGAAAGUCAUGUACCGCAUCAUCAACCCCAAAUCCAUCACCAUGGGUCAGUUGUUUGGUCAGUUUGACCCCGUCUCGCACGAAUGGACAGACGGUGUGGUGGCCAACACGUUCCGAGAGUUUGCCUCUACAGACACGCCCGACAGGAAGUGGGUGGUGUUUGAUGGGCCGAUCGACGCGCUUUGGAUUGAGAACAUGAAUACUGUGUUGGAUGACAACAAGAAGCUGUGUCUGAUGAGUGGAGAAAUCAUCCAGAUGUCUAACCCCAUGAGUCUUAUCUUUGAAACAAUGGACUUGGCCCAGGCUUCUCCGGCCACUGUGAGUCGAUGUGGGAUGGUGUACCUUGAGCCCACUACCCUGGGCUGGCGACCAAUCGUCAAGUCCUGGAUUGAAUCGUUCAGCGAGGUGAUGCAGAGGGAGAGUGGCGAGGUCAUCAACGACAUGUUUGAAUGGCUCAUCGAUCCCUGUCUGGACUUUGUCAGGAAAAAUACAAAAGAAUACAUCAGUUCCAAACAAGCCAAUCAGGUGCGCUCUCUCAUGUAUAUGAUUGACAUGUUGAUGACAGAGACACUAUCCAAGGAAGACGCCAAUGAGAACAAACAUAUCAAGAACUACUCCCUGUGUGCCAUGUUGUUCUCCAUUCCUUGGUCCAUUGCUGCUGUGGUGGACAACGAUGGCCGACAGAAGUUUGACAGUUUCUACAAGGAACUGCUAAGUGGGAAAAAUGAAAGCUGCCCAGUCCCCAAGUCUGUGGGCAAGUUUGAUGUUCCAAUGCCUGAUGCCAUGAGCUGCUAUGAUGUCUUCUUUGAGUUCAAGGCCAGAGGAACUUGGCACCACUGGAAUGACCUCAUUAAAGGUCAGGAGAGUAAGCAGAAAAAGAUCCGAGAGAUGCUGGUUCCGACCAUGGACACCGCCCGAUACACAUAUCUUCUGGCCCUCUGCAUUGAACAUGACAGACCCAUCCUGUUUGUCGGACCGACCGGUACAGGAAAGAGUGUGUAUGUCCAGGACAAGCUGAUGAACGGGCUAGAGAAGGACCGCUACCUCCCCGCCUUCAUCAAUUUCUCCGCCCAGACAAGUGCCAAUCAAACUCAGAACAUCAUCAUGUCCCGCCUUGACAAGAGAAGGAAGGGAGUGUUUGGACCACAGAUGGGCAAGAAGGCCAUUAUCUUCAUUGAUGAUCUGAACAUGCCACAGAAGGAGAUCUAUGGGGCCCAGCCUCCUAUUGAACUGCUCAGACAGUAUAUUGAUCACGGAUACUGGUAUGAUCUUAAAGAUACCACCAAGAUAACCCUGCAGGAUGUCUUAUUCCUUUGCGCCAUGGGGCCACCAGGAGGGGGCAGAAAUGAUGUCACUGCUAGAUUCCUACGCCACUAUAACAUCAUUGGAAUGAAUCCAUUCAGUGAAGAAACCAUGAUUAAGAUUUUCUCUAUUCUUCUAACCACUUAUUUAAGACAAGGCGAGUUUUCCACAGAGUACUAUGCCCUGGGUAACCAGAUUGUGGCCGCAACUAACGACAUGUACAAGCAGGCCAUCGCCAACCUGUUACCCACCCCUGCUAAAUCUCACUAUGUCUUCAACUUGAGAGAUUUCUCCAGGGUCAUCCUCGGAAUCUGCCUGGUGAAGAAAAAUGAAGUAGAGAGUAAAAGGACAAUGAUUAGGUUAUGGGUACACGAGGUGAUGCGAGUAUUCUAUGAUCGUCUCACUGACGACGCUGACAGAGCCUGGCUGUUUAAGAGCACUGGAAGCGUGUGUAAGGAAUAUUUCAAAGAGAGUUUUGAUGUCAUCUUUGAGCAUCUGGCCGGAGAUGGAACAGGAGAGGGCAAGGUUCGUGAGGAGGAUCUAAGAUCUUUGAUGUUUGGGGAUUACAUGAAUCCUGAUGCUGAGCCCGAGGAGCGAGUGUACAGUGAAGUCCAGUCUCUAGAGGAGAUGUACAAAAUUGUAGAACAGGGUCUGGAGGAGUAUAACAACACUCAUAAAAAUAGGAUGAACCUCGUUAUAUUCAGAUAUGUACUUGAACAUUUGUCCCGUAUUUGCCGAGUUUUACGUAUCCCAGGAGGCAAUGCUCUGUUGGUGGGAGUGGGAGGCAGUGGGCGUCAGUCACUGACUCGUCUGGCCACCGCCAUGGCCGGUUAUAACCUGUUCCAGCCGGAAAUCUCCAAAAACUAUGGCAAGACAGAAUGGCGAGAAGACAUUAAAUCUGUAUUGACCAGCUGUGGAGCUCAAGGGAAGACAACUGUGUUUUUGAUCACAGACACUCAGAUCAAGGAGGAGUCAUUCUUAGAAGACAUUGAUAACUUACUGAAUACUGGAGAGGUCCCCAAUCUGUUUGCUGCAGAUGAAAAAGCUGAAAUUAUGGAGGCUGUUAGACCACUGGCCCAGGCAGGAGACAAGAUGGCCGACUUCAGUCCCCUGGCCCUGUUUGCCUUCUUUGUGAACCGUUGCCGUGAGAACCUCCACAUCAUCAUUGCCUUCAGUCCUAUUGGAGAUGCCUUCAGGAACAGGCUGAGGCAGUUCCCAGCCCUGAUCAAUUGUUGUACUAUCGACUGGUUCCAGACCUGGCCAGAUGAUGCUUUGGAGAGAGUGGCCAACAAGUUCUUGGAGCAGGUUGAGCUUGGAGACAACGAGAGGAAAGAGACCACCCACAUUGUCAAAUACUUCCACCAGAGCACCAUUCGGUUAUCAGAGCGGUACCUGUCGGAGCUGGGCCGCCAUAACUAUGUCACGCCCACCUCGUACCUGGAGUUGAUCAACUCCUUCAAGAACCUGCUGUCCUCCAAACAGGAGGAGACGAUGAAGGCCAAGAGGAGAUACGUAGUGGGGUUAGAGAAACUGGCUUUUGCUGCUUCACAGGUAGCAACUAUGCAGAAAGAACUGGAAGAACUACAACCCCAGCUGGUGGUUUCACAGGAAGAGAACGCCAAGAUGAUGGUGGUCAUUGAGAAAGAGUCGGUGGAGGUGGAGGCCACCAGUAAGGUGGUGCGUGCUGAUGAAGCAGUGGCCAAUGAGCAGGCGGCAGAGGCCCAGGCCCUGAAAGACGAGUGUGAGGCUGAGUUGGCCGAAGCCAUCCCCGCCCUAGAGGCUGCUCUGGCUGCCCUGGACACCCUAAAGCCUGCUGAUAUCACCAUUGUGAAAUCUAUGAAGAGUCCUCCAUCUGGAGUUAAACUUGUGAUGGCUGCUGUGUGUGUAAUGAAGGACAUUAAACCCGAUAAAGUAAAUGAUCCAGAUAAACCUGGACAGAAGAUUCUGGACUACUGGGGACCCUCCAAGAAACUGCUCGGAGACAUGAGCUUCCUGAGCAUGCUCAAAGAGUACGACAAAGAUAACAUUCCUGUUCAUGUCAUGCAAAAAAUCAGAAAGGAGUACAUUUCCAACCCUGAGUUUGACCCAGCCAAGGUGGCCAACGCCUCUUCUGCAGCUGAAGGUCUAUGUAAGUGGAUCAUGGCGAUGGAGAUCUAUGACAGGGUGGCCAAAGUGGUUGCCCCAAAGAAGAUAAAGCUGGCAGAGGCAGAGGCCGAACUCAACACUACAAUGGACAAACUAAACAAGAAACGAGCCGAGCUUGCGGCGGUAGAGAAACGUCUGGCCGAUCUCCAGGCGACUUUCAAGGAGAUGACGGACAAAAAAGAGCAGCUGGAGUUCCAGGUGGAUCUGUGCGGAAAGAAACUGGAGCGAGCGGAAAAGCUGAUUGGCGGACUGGGCGGAGAGAAGGCCAGGUGGACGGCUGCGGCAGAAAAUUUGCAGAACACUUACGAUAACUUGGUGGGUGAUGUGUUGAUUUCCGCCGGAGUCAUUGCAUACCUAGGACCUUUUACCAUGGCCUUUAGAGAACAGUGUACCACGGACUGGGUCAAAGUGUGCACAGAAAGAACAAUUCCUUGCUCACAAGAGUUCUCUCUAAGUAAAACUUUAGGAGAGCCAAUCAAAAUCCAGGCAUGGAACAUUUUUGGUUUGCCAAGGGAUAGCUUCUCCAUUGACAAUGGUGUCAUUGUAGCAAAUUCUAGAAGAUGGCCCCUGAUGAUUGACCCUCAGGGUCAGGCCAAUAAGUGGGUCAAGAACAUGGAGAAAGAGUUCAAACUGUCGGUGAUCAAGCUGACAGAUUCUGACUACAUGAGGACCCUGGAGAACUGCAUCACCUUUGGGAACCCUCUACUGCUGGAGAACGUGGCAGAGGAGCUGGACCCCUCUCUGGAGCCCCUGCUUCUGAAGCAGACUUACAAACAGGCUGGAGUGGACAUGAUCAAGAUUGGUGAGAACGUGAUAGAGUAUAGCAAGGACUUCCGCUUCUACAUCACCACCAAGCUGAGGAACCCCCAUUACCUCCCCGAAAUUGCUGUCAAGGUCUCCCUUCUCAACUUCAUGAUCACCCCCGAGGGUCUGGAGGAUCAGCUGCUGGGAAUAGUGGUGGCCAAAGAAAGGCCAGAGCUGGAAGAGGAGAGACAGGCUCUGAUCGUGCAGAGUGCUGCCAACAAAAAGGCCCUCAAGGAGAUUGAGGACAAGAUCCUCCACACUCUCUCUGCCUCUGAGGGCAACAUCCUCGAGGAUGAGUCAGCCAUCAAGGUCCUCGAUUCCUCCAAAAUCCUCUCUGAUGAAAUUUCCAAGAAACAAAAGAUUGCUGAGGAGACCGAGCAGAAGAUUGAACAGAGUCGUAUGGGCUACCGUCCCAUCGCCAAGCACUCCUCCAUUCUGUUCUUCUCCAUUGCUGACCUCCCCAACAUUGACCCCAUGUACCAGUACUCCCUGACCUGGUUCGUCAACCUCUACAUCAUGUCUAUUCACGACAGUAAUAAGUCCAAAAUUCUGGACCGACGUCUCCGCUACCUCAAGGAUCACUUCCAGUAUCAGCUGUACGACAAUGUGUCGCGCUCGAUAUUCGCCAAACACCGUGGCGUCUUUACCUUUAUUCUGUGUGCAAACUUGCUCCUAUCUAAGAAUGAACUGGACAAGGAUGAGUUCAUGUUCUUCCUGACUGGAGGCGUCGGCUUGGAGAACAAACUGGCUAACCCCGCCCCAACAUGGCUGACGGACAAGAGCUGGGAUGAACUCUGUCGUUUGUCAGAUCUCAAGAAAUACAAAAAAUUCAGAGAUCACUUUAUGAAGAAUUUGGACAAGUGGAACAGCUUCUACAACUCGAGGGAGCCUCACAAUGAAGAGCUACCGAGCCCUUGGCAGGAUGAACUGAACGACUUCCAGAGGAUGAUCAUCCUGAGGGUCAUCAGGCCAGACAAGGUGAACCCUGCCAUCACCAACUUUGUGAGGGAGAAGCUGGGUAAGAAGUUUGUGGAGCCCCCACCCUUUGACUUGGCCAAGAGCUACCAGGACUCCAACUGCUGUGCCCCCCUCAUCUUUAUCCUCUCCCCCGGGGCUGAUCCCACCAUGGCUCUCCUGAAGUUUGCUGAGGACAAGGGAUUCUCUGGGAACAAGUUCAACUCCAUUUCCUUAGGUCAAGGACAGGGACCAAUUGCUUCAAAGAUGAUUAGUGAGGCGCGACAGGAUGGAUCGUGGGUCAUGCUACAGAACUGUCACUUGGCCGUGUCCUGGAUGACCCCCCUGGAGAAGGUGUGUGAGGACUUCACCACCGAGAACACCAACCCAGACUUCAGGCUCUGGCUCACCAGUUAUCCAUCUGAUAAGUUCCCAGUGACUGUGCUUCAGAACGGAGUCAAGAUGACCAAUGAGCCCCCCACUGGUCUACGUCAGAACCUGCUACAGUCCUAUCUCAAUGAUCCAGUCAGUGACGAGGAGUUCUUCAAGGGAUGUCCAGGCAAAGAAUUGCCAUUUGAGAAGCUGCUCUUUGGCCUGUGCUUCUUCCAUGCCUUGGUUCAAGAGAGGAGAAAGUUUGGACCCCUUGGAUGGAACAUUCCCUAUGGAUUCAAUGAGUCAGAUCUCAGGAUAUCCAUCAUGCAGUUACAGAUGUUUAUCAAUGAGUACGAAGAGGUGCCAUUUGACGCCAUUAGCUACAUGACGGGUGAGUGUAACUAUGGCGGUCGCGUCACAGAUGACUGGGAUCGUCGUCUACUGUUGACCAUGCUGGCCGAUUUCUACACGCCUAACAUCAUCAACGAAACCCGCUACAAGUUCUCCCCCAGUGGAUUGUACUACUCCCCACCCAAAGGCACUUAUGAUGAUUAUGUGGAAUUCAUCAAGUCCCUUCCUCUGAAUCAGGUCCCAGAGGUGUUUGGCAUGCAUGAGAACGUAGACAUCUCCAAGGAACUCCAGGAGACCAAGCUGCUGUUUGACUCAGUGUUGCUGACCAGGGGUGGUUCCGGCGGUGGUGCCGGUGGCUCUUCUGACGACCAGCUCUACACUAUUGCUGGAGACAUCAUCAGCAAGCUUCCAAAGGAUUAUGAUAUAGAGGCAGCUGGUAAGAAAUAUCCAGUGUCUUACAAUGAAAGCAUGAACACAGUGCUAGUACAGGAAAUGGAAAGAUUUAACAGGUUACUCUCCAUCAUCCGGUCAAGUUUGAUCAAUCUCCAGAAGGCCAUUAAGGGUCUAGUGGUGAUGUCUGCCGAGCUUGAGGCUCUGGCCGGUAGUCUGCUAAUCGGUAAACUACCGGCAAUGUGGGCAAAGAGAUCCUACCCCUCCCUCAAACCCCUGGGCAGCUACAUCAACGACUUCUUGGAGAGACUCAAGUUCUUACAGAAAUGGUACGAUGAAGGCAAGCCCCCAACCUUCUGGCUGUCUGGCUUCUUCUUCACCCAGGCCUUCUUGACUGGCGUCAUGCAGAACUUUGCCAGAAAGUACACAAUCCCCAUCGAUACUCUGGCCUUUGAUUUUGAUGUGCUGAGUAUUGACUCCAGCGACACCGCCCCCGAGGAUGGUUGUUAUGUGUACGGUCUCUUCCUAGAUGGUGCCAGAUGGAACAAAACUAGGAGUGCGUUGGAAGAACAGCUUCCCAAGAUUCUGAAUGAAGCUCUACCCAUGAUGUGGUUUUUCCCGAAGAAGAAGCUGGAGAUUGAUGAAUCCAACAAGAGAUACAAGUGUCCGAUCUACAAGACGAGCGAGAGGAAGGGAGUGCUGUCCACAACCGGACAUUCCACAAACUUUGUGCUGGCAGUUCUUCUCAACACAGACAACCCAGUCCAGCACUGGAUAAAGAGAGGACUGGCACUUCUGUGUCAGCUGGACUCUUAGAAAAGUUAAAUCUGUGUCAUACAGACACUUGAGUUAAUGGUUGUUUUAUUUUAAAGUCAUGUUAAACUUAACUCACAAAAGAGAGAGACUUCUGUAAGAAGUGAUAUAUUAGAUAAUGAUUAUGUGUGUGUAUGUCUGUUAAAUAUUUUUCAAAUGUAAAAUUUUUACCUUAUUCAUUGUUUUUGAAAUGAUAUGAUUUAACUACUGCGUACUUAAAAUGUGAUAUAUGUGAUAAACUUAAGAUGUAUCUAAUGAGUGGAUUUAAAAAAACAUUUUUGCUGUGUUACGUCAUAUUUGUAAAACUUUAAUGGUAAACAUUGACAAGUACAUUUAUUGUUUUAAUUGAUUUUAAUGCAUUUAUAAGGAUAAGAUUGUAUCUGUACAUUGAAUAAUCAACAAUACUACUGUGAUUUUAUGAUUGCAAGAAGUUUGUAAAUUAUUGAUAGCAAUGUGCUUUAUAUGUUUAUGAAUAACAUUGAAACUCUUACUCCGUCCACUUUUAUAUGCCUUCCCAAGGUAACAGUCUUGUGAUUGAUGAUCAUUUCUUUAUUUUUGUUGCAGUUUUAUAAUAUAUACAAUAUGUAUUAUUUAUUUUCCGUCCUUGUGCUAACUAUGGUGUACCUUGUAUUAUCACAAGUAUUUGUUGAACUUCACACCGUAUUAUUUCUGCCAAUGUCAUACACCGACAUUGCUGUUAUCUGUGAUACGUGAAUAAAAUCAUUACACAUUUU